AUGACAUACUAGCUGGUGAAGACCACUCUAGGAAAAUCAACCGUUCUCGACGUUGUGAACUAUAUCAUCCACAUGGUGUGUCUGUUUUUAUAUAAUAAUCAACUAUUCGAUCAAGUAACAAUCGUUUGGUUCAUUAAUUUCACUAGCCCGGAUAACACACCGCUCCCUCACCGAGUCGCUCGGGCCAUGGCGGAGACACGGGUACUUGAGAGACAAAGGAUGGAUUAAUGAAUAUCCCUAAUUCUAAUGGGUGUAGGUGUAGAUAACAGGGGCGUAUCCAGGCAUUUUAGCAGGGUGGAGACAACGUCAACUUUCACAAUUAAACGUUGAUGUCACAGUCUUGCCAUUACAAAAAUCGAUGAAGAUACAUUAGAAUUGUGUAAUAAAGAUCUCACAGCUUGCCGUCGCCAGCACUUCAAACUUCUCGUGUCGUCUUCAUAAGAUACGGGUUUUCAUAUAACGUCUGAUAACGUUUCCAAGACCUCAAAACGGGUUAUAUGGUAAGAUAUAUUCAAGUAACGAUUUGAAAAGACCAAACUAUUUCGUCUACUGGAAGAAGCUAAGCCUGUUGUAACUGUUUACAGCUAUCUGUGUAACAGCAGGUAGCCUUGUUUGCAAACUCCUUUCUUAAUCGGUCCUUUAACCGAAGUUGUUGGGGAUCCCGUGUUAUUGAUAUACAAUUAAGCGUUCAAAGUUUUAUGGUUAGACAAUUAAACGUCUAUAGUUUUAUAGUUAGACAAAUAAACGCGGGGAACCAUUUGUAAACUAGUAUGGAUGGAUAACAUCUCAGCAUAAUUUGUACAAAUACAAAUUAUUGGGCAUCAAAACAUUCAAUUGUUCAGAAUGGCAAAAUAUUAUGCGGUUAGCAGCAUUUUAUAUUGGAAAGUGUAGUUAUUUGUGAUUAUCGUUGUCGAUCAGUGGGGAUCUGAAAUGAUGGAUUCGGUGCUGCCUAAAACAAAACAGGCUAACGUAUAAAAAAAAUAACGGGAAUUGUCAUAUUAAUAUGGCGGUUGAAUUUGUGCUAAUAAAUCACCACGUCCGUCAUUUACCGAGAAAGAGAAUUAACAAAAUGGCCACAACCGUCAUUCAAAAAUGAUUAACAGAGUUAUUUCUUUUAUAUCGAUGUCAAGGGUGGAUCAAUGAAAUCUUGUUUGAGCAUUAAGACUAAUGUUUCUACUUAAUAAUUUGGACAUCGAUUCUGCUUAGAUCAACACAAAAAAUUCAUCAAAAUUCUUAUUAUAGAUGUUCGUUGAUAUAUUACUAUCAUAUUUACCGUCAAAUUCUUGCCUUAAACCAUGGAGAAUAACUCAGCUUUAUCAAAUUCGUCCAAUCAACAUUGGGAAAUGCCUUUCGGGUGUAUAAUCUUCACGAUUGUUUAUUUAGCUCUCAAUAUAGUUAUCAGUUUAUUUAUUAACACGCUUCUCAUUGUUAUAAUGAAUUAUUCCCCGAGUCUGCGAACACCACCCAACACCCAUCUAAUGAAUAUAUGUGCUAACAACAUACUGAUGUGCACUGGGAUGUUGUUCUCUUUACUGUGUAUCAAUUUCAAUACUCUCCAAGUUGAAACGGCAAAAUCCAAAGCAUUAAGUGGUGUACAAUUAUUUUUGGUUUUCAAUAGUAUGUUGCAAUAUUGGGGCACGUUUGCCGCCAUUGGUUAUUACAGACAUAAAACUAUCAAACGCCCAACUCUAUCUUUGGGACGAAGGCGCCAUGUUGUGUCGAGAUGCAUUACUGGAAACUGGAUCGUUUCAUUGUUACUAAGUACGACGUGCAGUUUAUCUUUUACUGAAAGUUCGCCUUAUUUGAGAGAUUCCAUCGACCCAUUCAGAAAAGAAUACUAUUUGGGCAGACGUCAAGACACCCCUCCAGAACAACUGAUUAUUAUUUUCGUGUUUUUAACGGUUUUUAUCGUUGGUCUUGUAGUCAUAAUUUCGUCUUAUUACAGUAUUUGUAAAAUGUUGAAUAUUACUGGAAGAUUUGCAAAAAAUCGUAUCAUUCCUUGGCAACGCUCGCCAAGUAUUCCGUCUGACGCUACCGACUUACCAAUUCAAGCUAGACAGCCGUACAAACCAGAUUGUAAUAACGCUGGUGCUUACUCAAUAUCAGCCAAUAUUAAAGGAGAUAACUUUAUCGUCCAUUAUCAGAAAUGUGACCAUUCUUUAGCCUUUGAGGACAUAAUAGCUUUAGAGAAUCCAAUUCUCGCUGUCCGGAUCCGACAACAUUACUAUCAAAAACGUGCUCUUAAGCCAACUUUAAGUACCGGAAGUACGGCUUCCACAAGAUCGAAAUGUCUAGAUUUCUCUGAUAUUACUACUGGCGCUGGAUUAGAACGUUAUCAGAUGUUAAAGAACAAUUCUAUUUUAAGAAACCAAAGUUUGAAAAGAGAUCGUGUGAGUUUGAGCAGUGCUACCAAAAACAGCCUUGUUAUGUUAUCCGCCUAUAUUGUUUGUUCCAUGCCACUUAUUAUAUGUACAAUCCCAGGUGCCUUGAAUCUACUUCAAUCUAAACAUAGAAUUAUAACAUUACUAUUUUGUAGGCUUAUAUUUUGUAUUAAUGCUCCUAUAUACCCCCUUUGGUAUUUGUUAUUUAGCAAGCGAAUAAGAACCUGUUUAAACAGACUUUGUGAAAGUCUAUUAAUUCGUUUAAAUAUGAGAAGAUGA